UUGGGUAUAAGUUAUACAUACAGACAGUGGUAGCAAAGAAAAACAUUAUUUCGCUAAAACCUUGAGAAAACUAUCUACUGAGAGAGAGUCUUGAGAGAAAGAGAAGAAGAGAAUGGCGGGAGUUGCAGAACCACAAAACAGACAAGGAGGAGGAAGACCUCAUCAUCUUCAAGCUAGAGGACCACCACCACCACCACCACCUCCUCGUGCUUUAAUCGAUCGUGAAAAGACUUGUCCUUUAUUACUUCGAGUUUUCACUAAGGUUGGAGGCCAUCAUACUAAGGAAGACUUUGCAACGAGAGGCAAGGAACCCAAGAAGGAGGUCCAAAUUUAUACAUGGAAGGAUGCUACUCUUAGGGAGUUAACUGAUUUGGUCAAAGAAGUUGCUCCUGAGGCAAGACGAAGAGAUGCAAAACUAUCAUUUGCAUUUGUAUAUCCCGACAAGAAUGGUCGUUUUGUAGUAAGACAGGUUGGAACGACCCAUUCACAAGGGAUGGGAAAUGCAAGAAAACAGGAUGACCAUAAGGCAUUGUCUGACCUCAGCUUCCAGAUUGGAGACUACUUGGAUGUGGCGAUAUUGUAGAGAAGAAACUUGCUGAUGCAAAAGUGAACCGCAGGGAUUUUGUCGAUGCUGGAAGCUUAUUUGGAAUCGUAUUCUCAUGGGUUUUAGCUUUCAGGUUUUAUUAUGUGUAAUCAUGAAUGUUUUCUUCCUCUCAUCACAUUGUACAAAUAUUAUGAGUAUGCUUUUAAGGAAAGGCACUGAACUGUAUAUCAGGCUUUAGGCCCAAAUGGAGGUUUCAUUUUCCUGCAUGAUGUCAUUGACUGAGCUACUGAAAGUUAAUACUAACAUUAUAUCAUUAGUAGAACUGUAGUUGUAACUUGUAAGUG